UAAUUUUUGUUGUAACGUAUUUCUCUGUUGGUCUGUUUUUUAAAAAGUUUCCUACACAUGGAGUACUAUCUUGUGCGGCAAUGGAGUGCGUCGUAUUACUGUUGGAAGAGCAGAGCGUGGAAGUAUGGAAACCUAAACUUGUGCGCAAAAUAUAUCAGUUUUAAUGAAGAUUGUGGUGAAUCAUCGUCGGAUUCUGAAAUGUCAAAACCGAUCAUGACAGUUGACGUUCGAGACAUCACCGGCUUUCAAAGGCGUCUUGCAUCGUUUGUAUAUAGAUCUAUAACUGUAAAAGUAAAAGAUGAAAAGCUGUUGUGGUUUUCAUCCUUUCAAAACAGAGAAGAAGUAUAUUACUUUCUUGAGCAUUUCUGGAAAGAACGCCUGCUGUGCACAGGGCCAAGAUCUAAGAAAAAGGGAAGCAGCUUACCAUCAUCAUCAACUCAAGCCGAUAAAAACAAAGUUUUUGAGAUACUUUAUGAUUGUGAAAAAACAUUAGUAGAUGCUUCAAAGUCUCUGUCAAACCAAGGAGAACAAUUAAACAACUCAUCAAACACAAUGAACAGAAUGCAUAAAGACUUGAAUGUCACAGAUGCAAUUGUCAAUAACAUGAACAGAUGGUUUACAAAAUGGAACGUCAAAGUGGAAAACUUUUAUGAGAUUCAGACAAAAUGUGAGUACCCAAUUCUAUAUCGAAAGACCACAAAGGAAUACUACCAUCCUGGUACCUUAGUUUUCAUUGAAGGACAAGUCACUGUUUUAAAUAUAAGCAGAGUUGCGGAUGUUUCAAUACUUUUAAAAGAUUUGACCAAUGUUAUUGUCCAUACGCCGUGGAAUGUGAUAUUAAUGCGUUCAGCAAUUGGUGAAAUUGAUGUAAUCAUCGACAUAUCUUCAGCACAAGUUGUAUCAAUUUUAAAGAUGUUGGAAAAAGACCAUGGGGACAAGUUUGACUAUGAGGAUCAAGCCAAUGAUGGUUCAAUGAAGACAGUCAAAAUACCUCAUUUUUCAACAACUAAAGCAUUGGUUGGGGAAGAUUUUGACACAGAAGAUUUAUUGGUGGACGAAGCGGAUCUUGAUGUCGUCGAAGAAGUGAUUGAAGACAUGAAAUCAUUGGCUGUUGGCAUAAAUCAAGAAAUGACAAGACAAAUGGACACGCUCGAUCAAUUAUCAGAGUCAGUAGAUAAAGCAAACAGCAGAAUAAAGAUAAACAGCAGAAAGAUUGCGAAGAAGCUUUGAGGAAAAGGGCAGUGGUUAAGAGUCUUGAGACAAUUUCAAAUUUGAUUGCUGUUAAUGAAAUAUGCCCUCUUGCUGUUCAAAUUAGCACAACGUCAAUUCUGUAUGAAAACAAGUAAAGGAGAUUGCAAGUCCUAGCUUGAUUUGCCGUGUUUUUGAACCUCAAUUAUAUAUGUAUAGUUUAUUCAUAAAAUAACAAAAGAUAACUUCUUUUUAAAAAGAUUUUGCAGUGGAGAGAAAGCGAAAUAUAAUUAAAAUAAAGAGGGGAAAAUACUAUUGAGGGAGAGCUUUGCUGUGAUGCAAGUAUCGCUUGACGAUAUAUUUCUUUAUCUUCUAAUAGAGAAGAUUUCGUAUUGCUAUAUUUAUCUGAACCAAACAAUAAAUUGGCAAAGGUUAUUUAAUGAUGAUGGUACUAAGUUUAAUUAUUGAAGAAUGUUAAUUGUACAUCACUUAAAUUAUAAAAGUUAAUGAAGCAGUUCCCUGUUCCCACGAUCAAAGUGCAACGUGGUAAUUUUCUAUACACGUAUGUCACACGCAAGAAAAUAAAGAAUUUAGUGUAUACAUGCAUUCUUUGACAAAAGCAAUACUUAAAUUUCAGAUUUAGAACAGGAACGUACGUCGAACAAAGAUGCCGAAAGGCAAGGGCGACUUUGGAUCAAGUCAAGAUAAAUUGUACGUGAAGAACUUAGGUAUCUUAUAGGUUUAUGGCUAUAAACAUGUGUCAUUGAAGUUUGUUUGUCGAACUUGAUAGUCCCGAACAUUUGUAAUAACAUCUUUAUCUUCAAAUCAUUUUACCGACCACAAGUACGCCGAAAGAUCUUACACUCGCGCUUAUUUGUCGAUUAUUUAAGGAAUUCAUGUUGUUAGAGUAAUUUACUGAGAAUGCAAGUAAAUACGUAGAUUUCCGUUCUCUUCACUAAAGAAAAACAAACAAAGUCGGUCGUGAUGAAAGACUAAAAAAAAGGAGAUGGCUAUCUGUUAAAACUUGAUAUCAGUAAAACGUGAAUACUUCGGCACGAGGCAAUGUACAAACGUCCAUACCCUAAAAGGUGUCUGUUUUCUCUUUCUUAUGUUUCUAACGUAAACAACAGGUUAAUAUGAAUUACGUUUGAAAAAAUCCGGAAAUCGUGAUUCUUCCUCCUCCUUCCUCUGAUUCACAAAAAGAAAACAUUUCUACAGAUACGCAGCCUGUGUCUUAUUUCCUAUUUUCGCGGCCAAAUAAUGAAAAAGUUUGUGUUAGUGAAAGUCGGCUUCCGGUCCUCUAAACUUCAAUACUUUUCAUACAUCAGAUGUUCUCACUCAUCCACUCCUACGUGUGUUGGCUUUUUCCCUAUGGUGUUUGUAAGAAAGCAUAGAAUCCUAGCUAUUUCCGUUCAUUGUUUAAAGAUGUUGCGACUGCCUCAUUGUCGUUGUCGUUUAGUGCUAUUUGUGAGAAGAAUCUUGCAGAAACAACCAACGUGGCCUUGUGAGUUGUAGCGGAUCAGCUAAUAAUAAAUUGGUAUGAAUUGAUGGAAGCUCGUCUAAUGGUGGAUGGUUGCUUCCAUGAACGGAAUCUCGCGUUGACUCAACUUUAUGUCGUGGUGCUUAAAUUAUACAUUAAACUUGAGAGAGAAGAUUUCUGUUCAAAAAAAACGUUAAACCAAACUCAACUCAAAUUGCUACCGGCUUUAGAUCAAUAUGGUUGAUUGUUUCUUUCAUCAUAUCAAACUAUGGUUUCCAUUUCCCUUAUCAGAAACAUCCUAGACUUCGAUAUUAGAUACUUGUCAAACAAGUUUAAACUACAACGUUGGCACAUUUCUAAACCACUACAAAGACCUUUUUAAUCCACUAUAAAUCAAUAUUUCCAGCGGGAGACACUGGAACACCCACGAUUUUCAAAAGAGGUCAACAGCCAUUUCUUAUAAGUGAUGCGAAUACGUAAUUUCAAUAUACAAGCACUUUUUGAAGUAGGCAUAAUAAUUUUACGUUAAACAAGCAACACUAAGGCCAACCAAUCAUAAUCAAGAACAGCCAUGUUGGGCGGAUUUAAAGUGUAAGCAUGACAAGCACAAUGAUCAUAUACAAAGAAACAUAUAUGUUUUAAAAAUGACUGACUCAUAUUCGAAUACAUGCAUGCAAUAUUUGCUGCAUAGCAAUCACUUGUAACGUCCCCGCCUCUAUAAAGCCCAUAGUUGUUCUCAACAUCCAUACAUGUCGACAAGUCGCUCCUGUAUCGUUUAUUUUUCUAUGAUUUUAUUACGAGAUGAAAUUAUCCGUCUAUCUAUAACAUACGCACAUCAAAAUACUUGUGAGUAAUGAUAUAUAAUCAAGCUUCCCUCGUAUAUAUACAACAUUUAUUCCAACAUAUAGUCCACGUUUAAUUACAUACAUAUAAUCUUUAUUCUAAGCACUCUUAUGUAUAAAGUAUGGACGUUCUCCAUGCUAUAUUAUUAAUAUAUUUAACAAUAUAAAGAAUCGAGUGUAGCUUGUAUUUGGUCGGUGUAGAUUGUUGGAGUAUGCCGUUUAAUUUUUCAGUGAAAUUUAUUAAGCUAAUAAGAAAGCUGUGGACGGCUGUAACCGAAAUAAUAGACUCAAUAAUCCUUCCUUCAUUGAUGGUGUCAUUGAUUGAUAUCUUUGACUACAUUUACUAAACCUCUUUGUUAGCAACAAGACCGAGAAACUGAAUAUUUUGGUAUGUUUUUUUUUCAAAUACCACACGAACGAUCGAACUGGAUUAUUUUUGGCAAAGCGAUAGCAACGACAGACAUGUAAACAUUGUGUUAUUUCUUUAAAAAUGAAGUCAACGAUAAUUUGUUCAAGAUUAUGUUUCAGGGAAGAUAAGAUAGAAGACGCUCAACGUGACUAUGAUUAAUUAGACAGAAAGACAGGAAAGCAUAACUUUCAAAACAUAAGAACAUUUUUAUGUUCCUCUUCCAAAAUGUGAUUCAUGUGUUGUUUUAGAAGUGCUUCUAUAUUACAAAUACAUUAGAGAUAACACCUGUAAAAUACAUAUGCAUUAGAGAAGGAAUAUCAAAAUUAGAUGGCAAUAUGAAACGGGUUUAUUUGUAGCUAUUUUUUGGUUUCAUGGAAAAUAAAUAUAUAUUUGAAUUGAACCUCCUAGGGAUCGGUUCUUAUGGAUCAUGAAACACUGUGUAGGGAAAAAUUGCACUUGGAGAUUUAAUACUAUAUAGUCAUUCAAAGUAUAUUUAAGCUCUUUCUUUGAGUUUAUUUUGAAACAAAAGUUAAUAAAAAUUAAAUUUCUCGAAAUGAAAAUGAAAUCAAAA